UCCUUUUUUGUAACAGAUUUCCGUCCAGGAACUUGGAUCAGGCGACCCAUUUCCUUCGAUCUAGGGCUCCGUUUUUGGAACUUUCCUUCUUUUUGACCUCGCCGUUUAUUACUUUGACUGGAAUCGGAGCUCCGGUUCGGAGAUCCGAUUUACUCCUGUUUUGGCUUUAGAUCCGGGGCCACGAACAUAAGGAUUGGAUUAGCCGAUUAGGAUUUUGUUGCCAUCGCGAUGUUUGGAUGCUGGGAAAAUGUUGCGAAAAUGAACGAUAGUGGAUUAUUGAGUGUAACCGUUGCGGUUUUAAUAAAAAUAUAUGCUUAUCUUACUUCGUCCAUGAGAUCUUAUUGCAUUUUUCUGUUUUCCCCACUGUUAAUCAAGAUUUCUUUAAUUAUUUGUUUAUUCUAAUUAAACAUAGUUCAUCCGGAAACAGUUCAAUCUAAGAGAGAGUAUUUACUUGCAUGUAUUUUAAAUUGGUGAAGAGUAAAUGGCAUCAGGUGAGGGAUUCCUUACUGAUGAACAAAGGGAAGUGCUGAAAAUAGCGAGUCAAAAUGCGGAGACUAGUUUACCAUCUCCUAGAUUGUCAUCAUCUCCGAAAUCCCCUACUUCCUUGCAUUUUGAUCACCAAUUAAAGGUUUCUACUGGUGGUAAGAUGGCAAUGUGUGGUGUUGGAAUGAAGCAUGUUCGUCGGUCUCACUCAGGGAAGUUUGUACGUGUAAAGAAGGAUGGUGCUGGUGGUAAGGGCACAUGGGGGAAACUGCUUGAUACCGAUGUUGUAUCACAUGUUGAUCGAAAUGAUCCUAACUAUGACAGUGGAGAGGAACCAUAUCAACUUGUUGGGUCAACUAUUUCCGACCCCCUGGAUGAGUACAAAAAAGCAGUUGUCUCAAUAAUAGAAGAAUAUUUUAGCACUAGUGAUGUGGAAUUGGCUUCAUCCGACCUCAAAUAUCUUGGUUCAAGUGAAUUUCAUCCUUAUUUUAUUAAGAGACUUGUCUCAAUGGCCAUGGACAGGCAUGAUAAAGAGAAGGAAAUGGCCUCGGUUUUGCUUUCUGCGCUAUAUGCUGAUGUCAUCAGCCCAACCCAGAUUAAGGAUGGUUUUGUGAUGCUUCUCGAGGCCGCUGAUGACCUUGCUGUGGACAUAAUGGAUGCGAUCAAUACCCUUGCUCUGUUUGUAGCUCGUGCUGUGGUUGAUGAGAUACUGCCUCCAGCUUUCCUCUCAAGGGCAAAGAAGACACUUUCUGAAUCCUCCAAGGGAUAUAAGGUUCUGCAAACUGCGGAGAAGAGCUAUCUCUCAGUACCCCACCAUGCUGAACUUUUGGAGAGGAGGUGGGGUGGUAGCAUUCAUGUCACAGUUGAGGAAAUGAAGAAAAAGAUUUCUGAUCUGUUAAGGGAGUAUGUUGAGAGCGGUGACACAUUUGAGGCCUGUAAGUGCAUAAGGGAAUUAGGUGUUUCAUUCUUUCAUCAUGAGGUUGUUAAGAGGGCUUUGGUUCUUGCCAUGGAAAUUCAAGCUGCCAAACCGCAUAUGCUGAAACUCUUGAAGGAAGCGGCUGAGGAAGGGCUGAUAAGUUCGAGUCAAAUGGUGAAAGGGUUUGCUCGGUUAGCAGAGAGUCUCGAUGAUCUUGCUCUUGACAUUCCAUCUUCGAAAACUUUGUUUCAAUCCAUCAUCCCAAAGGCUAUUUCUGAAGGAUGGCUUGAUGCAUCAUUCACUAAGUCAUCAUUUGAAGAUGGAGAGGCUCAAAAUGAAGAUAAAAAACUGAUCCAGUACAAGAAGGAAGUUGUAGCUAUAAUUCACGAGUAUUUUCUCUCGGAUGAUAUUCCGGAACUCAUCAGGAGUCUUGAAGAUGUAGGGUUGCCUGAAUUUAAUCCUAUUUUCUUGAAGAAGCUCAUCACUCUUGCCCUGGACAGGAAGAACAGGGAGAAAGAAAUGGCGUCUGUUUUGCUCUCUGCUCUUCACAUUGAGAUAUUUUCAACUGAAGAUAUAGUGAAUGGCUUUGUCAUGCUUCUGGAGUCUGCGGAAGACACUGCCUUGGAUAUUUUGGAUGCUUCGACUGAGCUUGCUCUAUUCUUGGCUAGAGCUGUUAUUGAUGAUGUGUUGGCCCCAUUGAAUCUUGAUGAGAUUGCUGGCAAGUUGCCACCAAACUGCAGUGGAAGUGAGACUAUCCGCAUGGCUCGAUCACUUAUAACUGCACGCCAUGCUGGGGAAAGGCUCCUGAGGUGCUGGGGAGGUGGAACUGGGUGGGCUGUAGAGGAUGCAAAGGACAAGAUAAUGAAGCUCCUAGAGGAGUAUGAAAGUGGAGGCGUUGUAGGUGAAGCUUGCCAGUGUAUCCGUGACCUUGGAAUGCCAUUCUUUAACCACGAGGUGGUUAAGAAAGCACUGGUGAUGGCCAUGGAGAAGAAAAACGAUAGGAUACUGGAUCUGCUACAGGUGUGUUUCAACGAGGGGCUAAUCACUAUUAAUCAGAUGAGCAAAGGCUUCACACGGGUCAAGGAUGGGCUUGAUGACCUGGCUCUGGAUAUUCCAAAUGCAAAAGAUAAAUUCAGUUUUUAUAUGGAGUAUGCCCAGAAGAAGGGCUGGCUUCUGCCAUCCUUCGGGUCAUUGGCAAUUGAAGCUCAGCUCACCACUGCAGCCUCUUGAGAAACCAAUACCUUUUGAUGUCUGUAAUUUACUUGCCAUUGCGGUACCCUCUGUGCGCUCAUACACAGAUGCGGGCGGGAUGGUGGAAUUCCUUAUGCUUUCUUUCUUUCUUUGUGGUCAUCCGGCAGAGAUUCUCACGAUCCCAGUCGGCCAUAUAAAGCUGGUUCUUUCUUUGAUAUCAAAGUAGCUUUUAGGCGCAUAUUAUAAACAAAGUAGCAUGUUCAUUAGGGAUGAUAUGAAUAUGAUAUGCUUGCAGUGUAUGAUGCAAUGAUGAUAAGAUGAUGCCUUUGUAUACUUCCCAAAAAAGGAAACUAUAUUAAUGUACUGCUUCAUCUAUUUGCCCUUUU